AUGGAUGAUCAGAGAUAUCUCUAUAUCUCUGACGAAAAAAAGUAUGAAGUAAGACGAUAUCAAAUAGGAGAUAAGAAUGGAACUCUCGUUGCUGGUGGUAAUGGCUACGGUGCUGCUCUCAAUCAACUCAGCUGGCCGACUCACAUCUUUGUCGAUCAAGAUCAGGCUGUUUACGUGUCAGACAAUUGGAAUCAUCGUGUUAUGAAAUGGAAUAAAGGUGCGACAGAAGGAAUUGUCGUCGCUGGGGGUCGAGGUCAAGGAACUGCUCUGACACAAUUGUCGGUUCCUCGAGGACUAUACGUCGAUACAUUGGGUACCAUCUAUGUGGCAGAAUGGGGGAAUAAUCGAGUUAUGCGUUGGCCUCAAGGAGCAAAACAGGGCAGUGUCAUUGUAGGUGAAAAUGGUCAGUUGGAUUCUCCCGAGGGUUUGUCCUUCGAUCGUCAUGGCAAUCUCUAUGUCGCCAAUGAAGGAAAUCAUUGUGUUCAACGAUUUUCAAUUGAAUAG